CCCUCGCGGGCUCGUUCACGAUGGUGAGCGAGAGGAAGGCCUCCUUCGUCCCAACCACCGACUUCAUUUCCCAUCAUGAAAGCCCACAAAUUUUCGCUCCGAAGGCUUGAAUCGAUGCGCGAAUGAGUGAACGGUGCUUAGAGCCAGCUCUGACGAGCUUCACAUUCUGUCGCCAUGCAGUCAGCAUCCAGUGCAGCCACUGGAGGGCCUCGCACCUCACGAGACGAGUAUUCGACCAGACAGAGCUACUACCUUCGCAUCUCGCCAUAUAUGGUACUGCUAAUGUCUCUGUUCUUGGAUGCGCGGGAUGUCAGAUGGAUGAACUCUCAUCAGGGGCAAGGUGAAGGUCUAGAUUCCGAUGAGGAGUCAGAUGGAGGAACAGAUGCUGAGGGUGGCGAGUCGCGCGGGGAGACGAUCCUUGCCAUCGCGCUGGCGCAUCUCAAAGAAGUUUUGAUGGAGAAGCUACUUCGAGAAAGUGUGGGAAGCACCAAAAGCACAAACAUACUUGCCGGUGCUGCGGCUUACGACGUCAAGCUGGACGGUAACACUCUUGGCGCGUGGAGUGGAAAGGAGACGGUGGACAUCUUCGAGCAUCCAGACUUUCGCAUGGCUUUCUACUUCCAGAGGGCUGCUGCAAGCGGGGUCGGCGGUGGCAAUAGACAUGCUGUUCUGCUCAAGAACAAGCGUUUGACGUUCCCACAUUUGCAGCGCCGAAGACGUGGGGACGAAGCGGAGGUCCGUGGUGCGCAUGGUGGACCCUCGAUGCCAAUCCCUGGGCCAAUGAACAAUCAGUCUGCGGCAGCCCUCGGUGGCGCAGCCCUGACAGGUCCGGUGAUUGGGUCUAUGGCUCCCCCACCCAUACCAAGCAAGCGCAGGCGUGCCGAACCGCGCGAAGACGUUACGCACGAUGCGUUGCAGGAUGUUCGAAUCAAGCCAGACCCUGACGCAGAACCGGAAUUUCAGCCAGACAACUCCUACACUGACGAGUGGGGAUUUUCGACUCCGCAAGGUGAUGCGUCGCAGCCAGUUGGAGCGCGUAACCAAAGGGCAGAAGAAGACGAGGAGGAAGAUAAAAAGCCACGCCUCACAGUAUCAUACAGAGGCUUCCGGAUGUGAGUCUAUGCGAACACAAUCGAAACUUCCACCGCUAUUGACUCUUCUCGCUCUCUUUCUCCAGAUUCGAAAAGACUCUCGUGGUGGUGCUGGAAUCCACAGCUGCGCAAAAACGCGCCUAUCCCUCGCUCUUCAAAGCUGCUCCCACGGCACCAGCUCCGCAAC